GAUUGAGGAGGAGCAGCGGCCAGUCGCUUUGAGUUUCGCUGAGUAACUGUGUGCUGUGGAAGCCCCGCGUUUCUCUCUCUUUGGAGACUGCUUAGGAAAUGUCCGACCCCGGAGGAGGCGGAGGGGACGACGGCUCUGCCGCCAUGGAGGUGUCUGCCGCGGUGCAGAACGUGGCGGAUGCCUCGGUGCUGCGGAAACACAUCCGCAAGCUGGUGCCGCUGCUGCUGGAAGAUGGCGGCGAGGCCCCGGCCUCCCUGGAAACCGCCCUGGAGGAGAAGAGCACGGUGGAGCAGAUGAGGAAAUUCCUCGCCGACCCGCAGAUUCACACGAUCCUGGUGGAGAGGAGUUCGCUCAAAGAGGAUGUUGGAGAUGAGGGGGAAGAGGAGAAAGAGUGCAUCUCUUACAACAUCAGCAUUGACAUCCAUUAUGGGCUCAAGUCCAACAGUCUGGCCUUCAUCAAGAGGACUGGCGUCAUCGACGCAGACAAGCCCAUUUCCAGCCAGCUGAGGGUUCUGACCCUGAGUGAGGAUUCCCCUUACGAGACCUUGCACUCCUUCAUCAGCAAUGCAGUGGCACCGUUCUUCAAAUCCUACAUCAAGGAGUCGGGCAAAGCUGACAGGGAUGGUGAUAAGAUGGCACCCUCUGUGGAGAAAAAGAUAGCGGAGCUGGAAAUGGGGCUGUUGCAUCUGCAGCAGAACAUCGAGAUCCCAGAGAUCAGCCUGCUGAUCCACCCCAUCAUCACCAACGUCGCCAAGCAGUGCUACGAGCGCGGGGACAAGCCCAAGGUGACGGACUUCACAGACAAGGUGGAAGACCCGACUUUCCUGAACCAGCUGCAGUCUGGAGUGAACCGCUGGAUCAGAGAGAUUCAGAAGGUAACAAAACUUGACCGAGACCCCGCGUCUGGCACUGCUCUGCAGGAGAUCAGUUUCUGGCUGAAUCUGGAGCGAGCUCUGAACCGGAUUCAGGAGAAGAGAGAGAGCCCAGAGGUGCUGCUCACUCUAGACAUCCUGAAACAUGGAAAACGCUUCCACGCAACGGUCAGCUUCGACACAGACACUGGUCUGAAACAGGCUGUGGAAACUGUCAACGACUACAACCCCUUGAUGAAAGACUUUCCCCUCAACGACCUCCUGUCUGCCACUGAACUGGACAAGAUCAGGCAGGCGCUGGUCGCCAUUUUCAUGCAUCUGCGGAAGAUCCGAAACACCAAGUACCCGAUCCAGCGAGCCCUGCGGCUUGUGGAGGCUAUCUCCAGGGACCUGAGCUCCCAGCUGCUCAAGGUCCUGGGCACGAGAAAGCUGAUGCACGUCGCCUAUGAGGAGUUUGAGAAGGUGAUGGUGGCGUGCUUCGAGGUUUUCCAGACCUGGGAUGAUGAGUAUGAGAAGCUGCAGGUGCUGCUUCGAGACAUUGUGAAGAGGAAGAGGGAGGAGAAUCUCAAGAUGGUGUGGCGCAUUAACCCAGCGCACCGCAAGCUCCAGGCGCGUCUGGAUCACAUGCGGAGGUUCAGGAGGCAGCACGAGCAGCUGAGAGCCGUCAUUGUGAGGGUCCUGAGACCCCAGGUAUCGGCGGUGCCCCAGCUGUCUCAAGGUGAGGUUGUGGAGCCCCCAGAUCUGAAAGUCGCUGAAGUCCUGUUCGAUGCCGCUGACGCCAAUGCUAUUGAGGAAGUGAACCUGGCCUACGAGAACGUGAAAGAGGUGGACGGCCUGGAUGUUUCCAAAGAGGGGAUGGAGGCCUGGGAGGCGGCGAUGAAGCGGUACGACGAGCGCAUCGACCGGGUCGAGACCCGCAUCACCGCUCGCCUGCGCGACCAGCUCGGGACGGCCAAGAACGCCAAUGAGAUGUUCCGCAUCUUCUCCCGCUUCAAUGCCUUGUUCGUGCGGCCGCACAUCCGCGGGGCCAUCCGCGAGUACCAGACUCAGCUGAUCCAGCGCGUGAAGGACGACAUUGAGUCCCUGCACGAUAAGUUCAAGGUGCAGUACCCGCAGAGCCAGUCCUGCAAGAUGAGCCACGUGCGUGACCUGCCCCCAGUCUCUGGCUCCAUCAUCUGGGCCAAGCAGAUCGACCGGCAGCUCACAGCCUACAUGAAGCGCGUGGAGGACGUCCUGGGCAAGGGCUGGGAGAACCAUGUGGAGGGGCUGAAGCUGAAGCAGGAUGGAGACAGCUUCCGCAUGAAGCUGAACACCCAGGAGAUUUUCGACGACUGGGCCCGGAAGGUCCAGCAGCGCAACCUGGGCGUGUCCGGCCGCAUCUUCGCCAUCGAGAGCACCCGGGCGCGGGGCCGCAGCGGGAACGUCCUGAAGCUGAAGGUCAACUUCCUCCCGGAGAUCAUCACGCUCUCCAAGGAGGUCCGCAACCUCAAGUGGCUGGGGUUCCGCGUGCCCCUGGCCAUCGUCAACAAGGCCCACCAAGCCAACCAGCUGUACCCCUUCGCCAUCUCCCUGAUCGAGAGCGUGCGCACGUACGAGCGCACCUGCGAGAAGGUGGAGGAGAGGAUCUCCAUCUCCCUCCUGGUGGCCGGACUGAAGAAGGAAGUGCAGGCUCUCAUUGCGGAAGGCAUCGCGCUGGUCUGGGAGUCCUACAAGCUCGACCCUUACGUGCAGCGACUGGCUGAAACGGUCUUCAACUUCCAGGAGAAGGUGGAUGAUCUUCUCAUUAUUGAAGAAAAGAUUGACCUUGAAGUCCGCUCUUUGGAGACCUGCAUGUAUGACCACAAGACUUUCACAGAGAUCCUAAACAGGGUUCAGAAAGCUGUAGAUGACCUAAAUCUCCAUUCUUACUCAAACCUGCCCAUCUGGGUAAACAAGCUGGAUAUGGAGAUUGAGAGGAUCCUGGGAGUUCGCUUGCAGGCUGGACUGAGGGCCUGGACACAGGUUCUGUUGGGACAAAUGGAGGACAAAGCAGAUGUGGAUAUGGACACAGAUACUCCACAAGUCAGUCACAAACCUGGCGGGGAGCCGAAAAUCAAGAAUGUCGUUCACGAGUUAAGAAUUACAAACCAAGUGAUCUACCUGAACCCCCCUAUUGAAGACUGCAGGUACAAGCUGUACCAGGAAAUGUUUGCGUGGAAGACGGUCAUCCUAUCUCUGCCCAGGAUUCAGAGUCAAAGAUACCAGGUUGGCGUACACUACGAGCUGUCCGAGGAGGAGAAGUUCUAUCGGAACGCACUGACCAGGAUGCCAGACGGGCCAGUCGCACUGCAAGAGGCGUAUUCAGCUGUCCAGCAGAACGUCAAUGAGGUGGAGCAGUAUGUAAAGGUUUGGCUGCAGUACCAGUGUCUGUGGGACAUGCAGGCUGAAAACAUUUACAACAAACUGGGAGAGGAUUUGAACAAGUGGCAGGCUCUGCUGGUCCAGAUCAGGAAAGCCAGAGGAACCUUCGAUAAUGCCGAAACCAGGAAGGAGUUUGGGCCUGUCAUCAUUGAUUAUGGCAAGGUCCAGUCCAAGGUGAACCUCAAGUAUGAUUCUUGGCACAAGGAGGUUCUCAGCAAAUUUGGACAGAUGCUUGGGCAGAACAUGCAGGAGUUCCACUCUCAGAUCUCCAAGUCCCGGGUGGAGCUGGAGCAGCACUCUGUGGACACUGCGAGCACCUCGGACGCUGUGACCUUCAUCACAUUUGUACAGUCCCUGAAACGCAAGAUCAAGAACUUCGAGAAGCAAGUGGAUCUGUACCGCAACGGGCAGCGUCUGCUUGAGAAGCAGCGGUUCCAGUUCCCACCGUCCUGGCUGUACAUUGAUAACAUCGACGGCGAAUGGGGCGCCUUCAGUGACAUCAUGCGCAGGAAGGACACGGCCAUCCAGGAGCAGGUGGCUAACCUCCAGAUGAAAAUCGUGCAGGAGGACCGGGCUGUGGAAAGCCGUACCACUGAUCUCUUGACAGACUGGGAGAAGACCAAGCCUGUCGCAGGAAGCCUUCGCCCAGAAGAGGCUCUUCAAGCCCUUACCAUCUACGAGGGCAAGUUCAGCAGACUGAAGGACGACCGUGAGAAAUGUGCCAAAGCAAAGGAAGCCCUGGAACUGACUGACACUGGGCUGCUGAGUGGCAGUGAGGAACGAGUGCAGGUUGCUUUGGAGGAGCUGCAAGACCUAAAGGGAGUUUGGUCUGAGCUUUCCAAGGUGUGGGAGCAGAUGGACCAGAUGAAAGAGCAGUCCUGGGUUUCAGUGCAGCCCCGCAAGCUCCGGCAGAACUUGGAUGGGCUGCUGAACCAGAUCAAGAACUUCCCUGCUCGACUGCGUCAGUAUGCUUCUUAUGAAUAUGUGCAGAGGCUGCUGAAGGGCUACAUGAAGAUAAACAUGCUGGUGAUCGAGCUGAAAUCGGAGGCUCUGAAGGACCGCCACUGGAAGCAGCUGAUGAAGAGACUGCAUGUGAACUGGGUGCUGUCCGAGCUCACUCUGGGACAGAUCUGGGAUGUGGACCUGCAGAGGAACGAGGCCAUUGUCAAGGACGUGCUGCUGGUGGCCCAGGGAGAAAUGGCUCUGGAGGAGUUCCUGAAGCAGAUUCGGGAAGUCUGGAACGGCUAUGAGCUUGACCUGAUAAACUACCAGAACAAGUGCCGGCUGAUCCGAGGAUGGGACGACCUUUUCAACAGGGUCCGGGAGCACAUCAACAGUGUUUCUGCCAUGAAGCUCUCUCCGUACUACAAGGUGUUUGAGGAGGAUGCUCUGAGCUGGGAAGACAAGCUGAAUCGUAUCAUGGCUCUCUUCGAUGUCUGGAUCGACGUGCAGCGCCGCUGGGUCUACCUGGAGGGCAUUUUCACCGGCAGCGCGGACAUCAAACACCUGCUUCCAGUGGAAACGCAGAGAUUCCAGAGCAUCAGCACAGAGUUCCUGGCGCUCAUGAAGAAAGUGUCCAAGUCUCCCCUCGUGAUGGAUGUCCUGAAUAUUCAGGGCGUGCAGCGAUCCUUGGAGAGACUGGCAGAUCUCCUGGGAAAGAUCCAGAAGGCACUGGGAGAGUAUCUGGAGAGGGAGCGAUCGUCCUUCCCACGGUUCUACUUUGUUGGUGAUGAAGACUUGCUAGAGAUCAUCGGUAACAGCAAGAAUGUGGCCAAACUGCAGAAACACUUCAAGAAGAUGUUUGCCGGCGUGUCCAGCAUCAUCCUGAACGAGGACAGCACUGUAGUGCUGGGAAUCUCCUCCCGGGAAGGGGAAGAGAUUCUGUACAAGACUCCUGUGUCAAUCACUGAGCACCCGAAGAUCAACGAGUGGCUGACUCUGGUGGAGAAGGAGAUGAGGGUGACUCUCGCCAAACUCCUGGCCGAGUCCGUCACGGAGGUGGGAGUUUUCAACAAAGGGACCGCCAUCGACCUCGCAGCCUACAUCGACUGGAUCGACCGAUAUCAGGCUCAGAUUGUGGUCCUGUCAGCCCAGAUUGCCUGGUCUGAGAAUGUAGAGAAUGCCCUGAACGUCACUGCCAGCGCCGGCGAUGGGGACCAGGCUCCUGUGCAGGCUGUCCUGUGCAACGUGCAGGCCACUCUGAACGUGCUGGCGGACACUGUGCUCAUGGAGCAGCCGCCCAUCCGCCGGAGGAAACUGGAGCACCUGAUCACAGAGUUGGUGCACCAGAGGGACGUGACCAGGACCCUGAUCAAAAACAAGAUUGACAACCCCAAGUCCUUCGAGUGGCUCAGCCAGAUGCGCUUCUACUUCGACCCCAAGCAGACGGACGUCCUGCAGCAGCUCUCCAUCCAGAUGGCCAAUGCUAAAUUUAACUACGGCUUCGAGUACCUGGGAGUGCAGGACAAGCUGGUCCAGACACCCCUCACUGACCGCUGCUACCUGACAAUGACCCAGGCCUUGGAGGCCAGACUGGGAGGAUCCCCAUUCGGUCCUGCUGGCACUGGAAAAACAGAGUCUGUCAAGGCUCUUGGUCACCAGCUUGGUCGCUUUGUUCUGGUCUUUAACUGUGACGAGACCUUUGACUUCCAGGCUAUGGGUCGCAUCUUCGUGGGUCUGUGCCAGGUGGGAGCCUGGGGCUGCUUUGACGAGUUUAACCGGCUGGAGGAACGCAUGCUGUCCGCUGUGUCCCAGCAGGUCCAGUUCAUUCAGGUGGCUCUGCGUGAGCACUGCAACACUGGCCCUGACAGGAGCACCAAAACGAUUACCUGCGAGCUCCUGAACAAACAGGUGAAGGUCCGGUCGGACAUGGCCAUCUUCAUCACCAUGAACCCUGGCUACGCUGGCAGGUCCAACCUGCCCGAUAACCUGAAGAAGCUCUUCCGCAGCUUAGCCAUGACCAAGCCAGACCGGCAGCUGAUUGCCCAGGUCAUGCUGUACUCCCAGGGCUUCCGCACUGCGGAGAUCCUCGCCAAGAAGAUUGUGCCCUUCUUCAAGCUGUGUGACGAGCAGCUGUCCUCCCAGAGUCACUACGACUUCGGCCUGCGAGCCCUGAAGAGCGUGCUGGUGAGCGCCGGCAACGUGAAGAGAGAGCGGAUCCAGAAGAUCAAGAGGGAGACAGAGGAGCGCGGAGAGGUGGUGGAUGAGGGAGAGAUCGCAGAGAAUCUGCCAGAGCAAGAGAUCCUGAUCCAAAGCGUGUGUGAGACCAUGGUGCCCAAGCUGGUGGCGGAGGACAUCCCGCUGCUCUUCAGCCUGCUCUCGGACGUGUUCCCAGGGGUGCCGUACCACCGUGGGGAGAUGAGCGCCCUGCGGGAUGAGCUGAAGAAGGUGUGCGCCGAGAUGUACCUCACCUACGGUGGAGGGGAAGACGUUGGCGGCAUGUGGGUGGAAAAGGUUCUUCAGCUGUACCAGAUAACUCAAAUCAACCAUGGGCUGAUGAUGGUCGGCCCAUCUGGCAGUGGAAAGACCAUGGCCUGGAGGGUCCUGCUGAAAGCACUGGAGAGGCUUGAGGGAGUGGAGGGCGUGGCCCACAUCAUCGACCCCAAAGCCAUCAGCAAGGAUCACCUGUAUGGAACCCUGGAUCCCAACACCAGAGAAUGGACUGAUGGGCUGUUCACACAUGUGCUCAGAAAGAUUAUUGAUAACGUGAGGGGAGAGCUGCAGAAGCGCCAGUGGAUCAUCUUCGACGGAGAUGUGGAUCCUGAAUGGGUUGAGAACUUGAACUCCGUGCUGGAUGAUAACAAGCUGCUCACCUUGCCCAACGGAGAACGUCUCAGUCUGCCGCCCAAUGUGCGCAUCAUGUUUGAAGUGCAGGAUCUGAAGUAUGCCACGCUGGCCACUGUGUCCCGCUGUGGCAUGGUGUGGUUCAGUGAAGAUGUCCUGAGCACGGACAUGAUCUCUAACCACUUCUUGGCUCGGCUGCGCAACAUCCCUCUGGACGAGGGGGAGGACGAGGCCCAGCGCAUGAGGAAGGGCACCGAGGAGGAGGGAGACGAGGCUGCUUCUCCAAUGCUGCAGAUCCAAAGAGACGCUGCGGCGAUCAUGCAGCCCUAUUUCACGACGACGGGCUUGGUGAUCAAAGCAUUGGAGUAUGCCUCCAAGAUGGAGCACAUCAUGGACUUCACGCGGCUGCGCUGCCUGGGCUCCCUGUUCUCCAUGUGCCACCAGGCGUGUCGCAACAUCGCCCAGUUCAACAACAACCACCACGACUUCCCAAUGCAGAUCGACCAGCUGGAGCGCUACAUCCAGCGGUACCUGGUGUAUGCUAUUUUGUGGUCAUUCUCUGGGGACAGCAGAUUGAAAAUGAGAGCAGAACUUGGAGAAUACAUCAGACGUAUCACUACCAUCCCUCUGCCCACUGCGCCAAAUGUUCCCAUCAUUGAUUACGAGGUUUCAAUCACAGGGGAAUGGCAGUCCUGGCAGGCCAAGGUCCCCCAGAUCGAAGUGGAGACCCACAAAGUGGCCGCCCCCGAUGUCGUGGUGCCUACCUUGGAUACGGUCCGCCACGAGGCCCUCCUGUACACGUGGUUAGCUGAGCACAAGCCUUUGGUGCUGUGUGGCCCUCCAGGUUCUGGCAAAACCAUGACACUGUUCUGCGCCCUCAGGGCGUUGCCAGAUAUGGAGGUGGUAGGUCUGAACUUCUCCAGUGCCACCACUCCAGAGCUGCUUCUGAAGACGUUUGACCAUUACUGUGAGUACCGGCGCACUCCCAAUGGGGUGGUGCUGGCCCCGGUGCAGCUCGGCAAGUGGCUGGUGCUCUUCUGCGAUGAAAUCAAUUUGCCUGACAUGGACAAGUAUGGAACCCAGAGAGUCAUCUCUUUCAUCAGACAGAUGGUGGAACACGGCGGUUUCUACCGCACCUCGGAUCAGACCUGGGUUAAACUGGAAAGAAUCCAGUUUGUGGGUGCUUGCAAUCCUCCUACAGACCCUGGAAGGAAACCCCUCACUCACCGAUUCCUGCGACACGUGCCGGUGGUUUAUGUGGAUUAUCCGGGCCCGGCUUCGCUCACGCAGAUCUACGGCACGUUUAACCGCGCCAUGCUCCGACUCAUCCCAUCGCUCCGGACAUACGCAGAGCCGCUCACUGCUGCCAUGGUGGAGUUCUACACAAUGUCACAGGAACGCUUCACCCAAGACAUCCAGCCUCACUACAUCUAUUCCCCUCGAGAAAUGACCCGGUGGGUAAGAGGCAUCUUUGAAGCACUGAGGCCCCUGGAGACGCUGGCUGUGGAAGGGCUGAUACGAAUCUGGGCUCAUGAAGCACUGCGCCUGUUCCAGGACAGGCUAGUAGAGGAUGAGGAAAGGCGCUGGACAGAUGAGAACAUUGAUAUGGUGGCUUUGAAGCAUUUCCCCAACAUCGACAAAGAAAAAGCAUUGAACAAACCCAUCCUGUACAGCAACUGGCUGUCCAAGGAUUACGUGCCAGUGGAUCAGGAAGAGCUGCGAGACUAUGUCAAAGCCAGACUGAAAGUGUUUUACGAGGAGGAAUUGGAUGUGCCUCUGGUUCUGUUCAACGAAGUCUUGGAUCACGUAUUAAGGAUUGACCGUAUCUUCCGCCAGCCUCAGGGUCACUUGCUCCUUAUCGGAGUCAGCGGUGCUGGAAAAACAACCCUGUCCCGCUUUGUUGCCUGGAUGAACGGACUCAGCGUUUAUCAGAUCAAGGUGCAUAGGAAGUACACAGGGGAAGACUUUGAUGAGGACCUGAGGACGGUGCUGCGUCGCUCUGGCUGCAAGAAUGAGAAGAUCGCUUUCAUCAUGGAUGAGUCUAACGUGCUGGAUUCAGGAUUCCUGGAACGUAUGAACACACUGCUGGCCAAUGGCGAGGUGCCUGGUCUGUUUGAAGGCGAUGAGUAUGCCACCUUGAUGACCCAGUGCAAGGAGGGAGCGCAGAAGGAAGGGCUGAUGCUGGACACUCACGAGGAGCUGUACAAGUGGUUCACAAGCCAGGUGAUCAGGAACCUGCACGUGGUGUUCACCAUGAACCCAUCCUCCGAGGGGCUGAAGGACAGGGCUGCCACCUCUCCAGCUCUCUUCAACAGGUGUGUGUUGAAUUGGUUCGGAGACUGGUCUACAGAAGCGUUGUACCAGGUGGGCAAAGAGUUCACCAGCAAGAUGGACCUGGAGAAGCCGAACUACGUUGUGCCCGACUACAUGCCCAUCGUGUACGACAAGCUCCCCCAGCCUCCCUCCCACCGCGAGGCCAUCGUCAACAGCUGUGUGUUUGUGCAUCAAACUCUGCACCAGGCAAACAACCGGUUGGCUAAGCGUGGCGGCCGCACCAUGGCCAUCACCCCUCGACACUACCUGGACUUCAUUAACCACUACGCUAACCUGUUCAAUGAGAAGCGCAGCGAGCUGGAGGAGCAACAGAUGCACCUGAAUGUGGGGCUGCGCAAGAUCAAGGAGACUGUGGACCAGGUUGAGGAGCUCCGUCGGGACCUAAGGAUCAAGAGCCAGGACUUGGACGUGAAAAACGUGGCAGCCAACGACAAGCUGAAGAAGAUGGUGAAGGAUCAACAGGAAGCAGAGAAGAAAAAGGUUAUGAGCCAGGAGAUUCAGGAGUCGGUUUACAAGCAGCAGGAAAUUAUUAAAGACAAGCAAAUGAGAGUGAAAGAAGACUUGGACAUGGUGGAGCCUGCUGUGCUUGAAGCUCAGAACGCUGUGAGCUCUAUUAAGAAGCAUCAUCUUGUCGAAGUGAGAGCCAUGGCCAACCCGCCAGCUGCAGUAAAACUGGCUUUAGAGUCAAUCUGCCUCCUGCUGGGUGAGGAGACUAAUGACUGGAAAAAGAUCAGACAAGUUAUUAUCAGAGAUAAUUUCAUCACCAGCAUAGUCAACUUUGUUUCAGAAGACUUAAGUGAUUCCAUCCGUGAAAAGAUGAAGAAGAACUACAUGUCAAACCCCAGUUUCAACUACGAGCUUGUGAACAGGGCGUCUCUGGCUUGUGGGCCUAUGGUGAAAUGGGCCAUCGCUCAGCUGAAUUACGCGGACGUGCUGAAGAGGGUGGAGCCCCUGCGCAACGAGCUGCAGAAGCUGGAGGACGACGCCAUGGAGAACCAGUCGAGGGCGGAGGAGGUGGAGCAGAUGAUCCGCGACCUGGAGUCCAGCAUCGCCCGCUACAAGGAGGAGUACGCUGUGCUCAUCUCUGAGGCACAGGCCAUCAAGGCUGACCUGGCCGCCGUUGAGGCCAAGGUGAACCGCAGCACAGCCCUGCUGAAGAGCUUGUCUGCCGAGCGUGACCGCUGGGAGAAGACCAGCGAGACCUUUAAGAACCAGAUGUCCACCAUCGCUGGAGACUGCUGCCUGUCCGCGGCCUUCAUCGCCUACGCCGGGUACUUCGAUCAGCAGAUGCGUCAGAAUCUGUUCACCACCUGGUCACACCACAUGCAGCAGGCCAACAUUCAGUUCCGCACAGACAUCGCUAGGACGGAGUACCUGUCGAACGCUGACGAGCGCCUGCGCUGGCAGGCCAGCUCCCUGCCUGCUGACGACCUCUGCACUGAGAAUGCCAUCAUGCUUAAGAGAUUCAAUAGAUACCCGCUUAUCAUCGACCCCUCUGGACAAGCAACAGAGUUCAUCAUGAAUGAGUACAAAGAGCGCAAGAUCACCAGGACCAGCUUCCUGGACGAUGCCUUCAGGAAGAACUUGGAGAGCGCCCUGCGAUUCGGGAACCCGCUGCUGGUUCAGGACGUGGAGAGUUACGACCCCAUUCUGAAUCCAGUCCUGAACAGAGAAGUACGGAGGACUGGGGGACGAGUCCUCAUCACUCUCGGGGACCAGGACAUCGACUUGUCUCCUUCCUUCGUCAUCUUCCUCUCCACCAGAGACCCGACGGUCGAGUUCCCUCCAGACCUGUGUUCUCGCGUGACCUUCGUGAACUUCACCGUGACCCGCAGCAGCUUGCAGAGCCAGUGUCUCAAUGAGGUGCUGAAAGCAGAGAGGCCGGACGUGGAUGAGAAGCGCUCAGACCUCCUUAAACUGCAAGGCGAGUUCCAGCUUCGUCUGCGGCAGCUCGAGAAGUCCCUGCUGCAGGCCCUGAACGAGGUGAAGGGUCGCAUCCUGGACGACGACACCAUCAUCACCACUCUGGAGAACCUGAAGAAGGAGGCGGCCGAGGUGACCCGCAAGGUGGAGGAGACUGACAUCGUCAUGCAGGAGGUGGAGACUGUGUCCCAACAAUACCUGACCCUGUCCACAGCCUGCAGCAGCAUCUACUUCACCAUGGAGGCGCUCAACCAGAUCCACUUCCUCUACCAGUAUUCUCUGCACCUCUUCCUGGAUAUUUACCACACCGUGCUGUAUGAGAACACCAACCUGAAGGGCAUCACUGACCACACCCACCGCCUGUCCAUCAUCACCAAAGAUCUGUUCCAGAUCGCUUUCAAUAGAGUGGCGAGAGGGAUGCUGCAUCACGAUCACAUCACCUUUGCCAUGCUGAUGGCCAGGAUCUACCUCAAAGGGAUAAACAGUGAGCCCUCGUAUGAUGCAGAGUUCCAGCAUUUCCUCAGAGGGAAGGAGAUUGUGUUGACCGGCUCCUCUGUGCCCAAGGUCAAAGAACUGACCAGUGACCAGGCUGAGGCAAUGGUCCGUCUGAGUCGCCUGCCUGCCUUUAAGGACCUUGUUUCAAAGGUUGAGGCUGACGAGCAAAUCUUCAUCUGGCUGGAGAGCAGCUCUCCCGAACUGACUGUGCCCUAUCUGUGGACUGAAGAGAAACCAGCAACUCCAAUCGGGCAGGCAGUUCAUCAGCUGCUGCUGAUCCAGGCUUUCCGCCCCGACCGCCUCCUGGCCGUGUCUCACAACUUCGUGGCCAAAGUCCUGGGAGAAAGCUUCAUGGCCAUCAUUGAUCAGCCACUGGACCUAGGCAGCAUUGUGGACAGUGAGGUGAAGCCCAGCACCCCGGUCUUGAUGUGCUCUGUACCUGGGUAUGAUGCGAGCGGUCUUGUGAGGGACUUAGCAGCUGAACAGAACAAACAGAUCACCUCCGUUUCUAUCGGUUCUGCUGAGGGAUUCAACAAAGCAGACAGGGACAUCAACACAGCAGUCAAGUCUGGAAGGUGGGUAAUGCUGGAGAAUGUCCACCUGGCCCCUGGCUGGCUAAUGCAGUUGGAGAAGAAGCUGCACUCCAUGCAGCCCCACGCCUGCUUCCGCCUCUUCCUCACCAUGGAAAUCAACCCCAAGGUUCCAGUGAACCUGUUGCGUGCCGGGCGCAUCUUUGUGUUCGAACCUCCUCCUGGAGUGAAGGCCAACAUGCUGAGGACCUUCAGCAGUAUCCCUGUGGCUCGGAUGUGCAAGGCUCCGAAUGAGCGAGCCCGCCUGUACUUCCUGCUGGCCUGGUUCCAUGCCAUCAUUCAGGAGCGGCUGCGCUACUCUCCCCUGGGCUGGUCCAAGAAGUACGAGUUCGGAGAGUCGGACCUGCGCUCUGCCUGUGACACUGUGGACACCUGGCUCGAUGACACCGCCAAGGGCCGCCAGAACAUCUCCCCUGAUAAGAUCCCAUGGGCUGCACUGAAGACCCUGAUGGCCCAGUCCAUCUACGGCGGCCGCAUUGACAAUGAGUUCGACCAGCGCUUGCUCAACACCUUCCUGGAGCGCAUCUUCACCACCGGCAGCUUCGACAGCGAAUUCAAACUGGCCUGCAAGGUGGACGGGCACAAAGAUAUCCAGAUGCCCGACGGCAUCAGGCGUGAGGAGUUUGUGCACUGGGUUGAGAUGCUCCCUGACACACAGACUCCAUCCUGGCUUGGUCUGCCAAGCAACGCCGAGAAGGUUCUUCUCACCACCCAGGGCAUUGACAUGAUCAGAAAAAUGCUGAAGAUGCAGCUGCUUGAGGACGAGGACGACCUGGCUUACGAGACUGAAAAGAAACAGAGAACCAACUCCACCUCGGACAGCCAGCCCGCCUGGAUGAGAACGCUGCACACCACUGCCUGCAACUGGCUGCAGCUCAUCCCCCAGACCCUGAACCACCUGAAACGCACCGUGGAGAACAUCAAGGACCCUCUGUUCAGGUUCUUUGAGCGAGAGGUCAAGAUGGGGGCCCGGAUGCUGCAGGAUGUUCGGCAGGACCUGACUGACGUGAUCCAGGUGUGUGAGGGCAAGAAGAAGCAGACCAACAACCUGCGCACUCUCAUCAACGAGCUUGUCAAAGGUAUCCUGCCUCGCAGCUGGUCUCGCUACACUGUUCCAGCCUCCAUGACUGUGAUCCAGUGGGUGACUGAUUUCAGUGAUCGUAUUAAACAACUGCAGCAGAUCUCUCAGGCAGCGGCGAGUGGAGGAGCCAAGGAGCUCAAGAACAUCCACGUGUGUCUCGGUGGCUUGUUUGUCCCCGAGGCUUACAUCACAGCCACCAGGCAGUACGUUGCCCAGGCCAACAGCUGGUCUCUGGAGGAGCUGUGCCUGGAAGUGAAUGUUACCACCUCCCAGAACACUGUGCUGGAUGCCUGCAGCUUUGGAAUCAAAGGCCUGAAGCUCCAGGGAGCCACAUGCAGCAACAACAAGCUGUCCCUGUCGAGCACCAUCUCCACUGAGCUCCCCCUCACACAGCUGCACUGGCUCAAGCAGACCAGCACCGAGAAGAAAGCCAACGCGGUUACUCUGCCGGUGUAUCUGAACUUCACUCGUGCUGACCUGAUCUUCACUGUGGACUUCGACAUUGCGACCAAGGAGGGUCCGCACAGCUUCUACGAGCGUGGGGUCGCAGUGCUGUGCACGGAGUGAACAAGAGCGUAACAGACCAGCGCCCUAAAUAAAUAACACCCCAUUUCCAGUAGAAUUGUAGCAGUAGUAGUACCUAGCAUGGCGAAGCUGUUCAAACAGCCCAGGGUUACAGAACCUUUGCAUUUUGUUUAAAGGUCUGAGAAAUGUGAGUCCAGUGGUUUGGAUGUGGUUCGAGGAAUAGAAGGAGGUCAAACUGAUUUUUAAGAAGGAAUAGGUAUGUGAAUGUGUAUUUUUAUGAAGGAAGAGAGGUGGUGUCCUGUGUUUUGGUACUGUUGUAAUCCAUAAUAAAGCAUGUCUCCCAUUA